CGGCUGGCAGAGCUGCGGCUCCGGGACCCGGUGAAUGAAGGGGUGGAUCAGAGGACACCCAGCCCAGAAGCCUGGACAUGCCCGCACACUGUGGCUGUUGCUCUCUGCAGCGGGGGGUCGGUAUAAUUGUGAGAAUGGAGUUCAGUGUCCUGUCCAUUUGCCUCAUUUUCAAAGCAUUGGUGAUGCUUGAUGGAGGAAGCAAUGCUGAAGCCAGUUUGGUGACAUCCCUGGGGAGCUGCAAAAUGGAUGACAUGGUGAUGAGCUGCCAGGGAAGGAGGUUGCAUCAUGUGCCUAUGGAUCUGCCCAUCAGAACAGAGGAGCUUCUUCUGAACAGAAAUGAAAUUAAAGCAAUUAACAACAAGUCACUUUCUACAUACCGGCAUCUGCACACGUUGAACCUGAGUGGAAAUCAACUCGAACUCAUUGAGUCUGGAGCCUUCACUCACAACAGGAACCUGCAAGAUUUGAACCUACAGAACAACCGGAUUGAUUUAUAUUAUCUGGAAACUCAUUUGGCACUAAGGACACUCUCAGCUUUAAGUAGAUUGGAUUUAUCUGGGAACAGACUCAGUGAAGCCGUUGCGAGCAGCAUUGUGCAAAAUCUGACCACUCUUGAGUAUCUAUCUCUGGCCAAAAAUUUAAUCAUGAGAUUGGAACCGAGCAUGCUCGAAGGUCUUGCCCAGCUUCGAGAACUAAAUUUAGAGUAUAAUUAUAUCUUUGAGAUUGAAAGUGGGACGUUUGAAGGUUUGAGAAAUCUAACCAGGUUGAACCUUGCUCACAAUCACAUCCCCUGCAUUGUAGAUUUCAGUUUAUACCAAGUAAAAACAUUAAACAUCAGUCACAAUAUUGUGGAACUGUUUUUAGCCAGAGAAAGUGAGGUUGAAUUUCAGCUGGAAACUCUGGACUUGUCCCGUAACAAACUGCUGUUUUUCCCGCUCUUACCUAAACGCAACAAGCUCAAGCUAUUGUUACUAUCAGACAAUGAGAUGAGUUUUUACAAUGACCUGAUGAAUGACUCAUCUGCUGAGGUCCAUUUCAUCCAAAUUGUUGGAAAUGUGACCAACAUUACUUCUGUGAAUCUUUGGGAUGAGGUGAUUUCUGUAAGCUUGCCUGAGUUGCAGGUGCUGGAUAUGAGCCAGAAUUCAUUUCGGUAUCUCCCUCCUGGAUUCCUCCGAGGAAUAACAUCAUUGUCAGCUCUACAGCUUAACCAGAACUGUUUAAAGGCCUUCUCUCUAACAGAGCAGGAUCCUUUAGUCUUUCUUCAGACGAUCGAUCUCAGUCAAAACCAGUUGUCCCAUCUAAAUUUCAAUGUUAGCAGGCUGGAGAAGCUGAACUAUUUUAAUCUCAGCUUCAAUAAAUUCGAAUCAGUGCCUUCCGAUCUCUUUACUAAGAUGCCUCAGCUUACAACAGUGGACCUCAGUCACAACAAAGUCCCUGUUUGUGACUACCCAUUAGAAAAUGAGAAAAGGACUUCAAACACAAGUUGUGUUGUGUUGGCGCAUAUUAAAUCAUUGAAACGACUUUAUCUAUCCAAUUGUGCAUUGGUGAACCUACCAGCUACUGCUUUUGUUGGCUCACCCUUAACCCAUCUAGAUCUGUCAUCCAAUAAUGGAAUCCGAUUGGAGGCAAGCACGUUUCAAGCUGUGGCCGAGUCAUUGCAAUUCUUAUCUCUCAGAAACAAUGGGUUAGAUUCCAACCAGUUAGAUCCUGGUUUGCAAGUGACGUUCAGCAAUCUUGAGACCUUGGACUUAUCUGAAAAUUCUAUAACAAGCCUUCACCCUGCACUGAAAAACCUUCGCCUAAAAUGGCUGGAUUUACAUAAGAACAAGUUGCCUACACUUCAGCAAGAUGUGCUGCAGAGUCUUUUGCAGAGUCUUCGAGAAGUAUUCCUGAGCGGCAAUGCCUUUGACUGUUGCCAGCUGAACUGGUGGAUCUCCUUAAUCAAUACCAAAUCUUUGAUUAUUCCCGAUAGAUCUGACAUUACUUGCAACACAUCUUUCAAAUUGGAGCACAUUGAUAGGAUUUCCCAGUCCACCAAAGCUAACUGCAAAGUCGAUAACACUGUUUUAAAAUAUUUUUUGCUGUUGUUACCAACAAUUCUGUGCAUUGUCACAGUUUGUGUGAUGGUUCUACUCUCUUUAAAUUCCAAGUUGUUGCCCAAAUAUGUGAAAGCCAAAUGUGGCUCCGGAGUUGAGUAUUAGCCAGAAUCUCCUUGGUCCGUGCCAGCUCAAGAUUUCAGACACUGGCAAGUGUUGGGGAAAUUGCAGGUGCACUGUUCAUGUGGGCAGGGCUGCCUUUGGCUUCCCGAAAUGCAGCGGUGGCAAGUCAGGCACCUGCCAUAGACUUAGCAAAUUUUUCAUCGCUGUUUGAAAGCUGGUGUGACUCGUACAAAUGGCAUGAUCUCACCAAGGCACUAAUAAUUGGAAGGAGGGCAGGUUCUUUCUACUAACCAGUCGGUUGAGUUUCCUGAAUACACCUGGCAGGAGCUGACCAUGAACACUGCAUUCACUACUGAUAGAAACUGGAUGUACCUCCUGAACUUGCACAAAAACUUUGCAAUAAUAUUUAUGGUGUCAUUAUUAAGCUAUAUAUUCACAUGUUAAGAAUACAUAGUUGCCCACGUAACUGGGCACAAUGUCUAAUUUGAAGUAUUUUUGGAAGAUAAAAAUGGAACUCAAAUAAUGCAUUAAACUUUGAACAAUA